AUUGGUGGACAGCUAUCCUGGUUACCAACCAACAGUACUCGAUGGGCACAUGAGAAAACACAGAAAAACUCGUUAAUUUCAAAGCUAAUGGCUAACAAAGCGCUGUUUCGCAUGGACCUGGUAAUCAAGCUGCACUGAUUUCAGUAUUUUUGGAGAAUCGUCGGCCCUCUCCAAAAUAUGGGAUAGUGUUAUGUGAACAGCAUCAUCCGCAGCCACACAAUGGAUAACGAGGAGAGUAAGACGUGCCAAGGAGAGAAGCUAGUCUCUGCUGUGGAUGACGCUCUGGAUGAAUAUUUAAUCGCCCUCCAGCACAAAAACAGGAUCCUAAAGCGCCUUAAAGUUAAAGACCCCAGGGAGAUUGAGUUGGAACAGCUUGAGCAAGGUUUUUCCAUUUAUCUUAACGGAGCCAACGCUGAAGCCAAAAGGAAGCAGCCCAAGAGCUCCAACCUCAAGUCUGUCACCUCUCCACCUGCUUGGAGACCUGCACGUACAGCAGAUGUCUGUCGAAGCGCCCACCAGUUAACUGAAGACAGCCGUAAUCUGGAGCAGACCCACAAGAAGAGGAGCCAAACUGCCCCAGGAAAGGUCCAGAGGAAAGAAUGGGUGCAGGAUUCAGUCAGAAUUCGAACAGAGGAAGGACCGAGUUUGCAGAUUUCCCCAGAAAAACGCUACUCUGAAGAUUUUGAGCCCUUUGAAAGCGUAGACAUGGAGAGCUCCAGUCCACGCUCGCCUCGUAGUCCCUGCUCCCCAAGGGACACCUGCAAGGUGUCGCGCCCCUUCAGUUCCAGGCAUGAGAGCCAAGGAGGCCAAGCAAAUCAAGAGCACAAUGAGAAGGUCCUUCUCAACCUUGAGGAAGUGAAGGUGCUGCGUCGGAGCCUGGAGGUUAGCAUGCGGCGAAGCAACCGCGACUCAGCGGGGGAGGAGUCGGACGAGGAGUGGGUGGAGGAGCACAUCGAGAGGGAGGAGAGCACAGAGAGUCUGGAUGAGCUGGGGCUGCCUCUCUCCUCCUCCAAGUCCUCCUCCAACCCUCGGCCCAGCGGCCCCCAUAGCCAUUUCGACUCAGCAAACCUCAUUGUUCUGGACUUUGGACCUUCAACUAAAGGUCGUAAGCUUGAACGCUCUCUGUCUGCAAAAAGGAAAGAAAACACAGACACCUUUAUACCCACUAAGCCUUUGUUGGUUAAGAGCAAAACAUUAGAUAGGCCACCUUCCAAAGAAAGCUGGGAUGGUCAAAGGCCAAGGAGUCGAGUGGAGAGGCCACUGUCAGCAGCCAGAAAGGCUUCUGUUGAGGAGCGAGACUCAGAGGAGAUGGCAUGCAGGGUGCGCCAGGCCAUCCAGAGAGAAAACGACCCUGAGCAGAGUCCUGAGCUCUUUAGCCGCAACACGGGCAGGGGACACCAGAUGAUGAAUGGCUUAGUGCACCGCAACAGCCACAACAAAGAUGAGAACAGUGUCACUGUUGCCAUGCAGAGAAUCACGCUUAUGGGCCCCGGGCAACAACAGAAACUACUGAAAGCGUUGGAGAAACUUGAAGCGGGACCGAGCCACAGCCUUCCUCAGAGUGUGAAACAAGACUACAGCAAGCAGCCGAGAAGGCUGUCCUCGACAGAGGUCACUCCUGCAUUAUAUGUUACCAUGGAGAUCCUGUCAAACUGGGGGAACGCGUUGCAGGUCGGACUGACUGAGUUGCAGUUCUUCUGCCUCAGAAACAAGAAGAUGUAUGUGUCUCCUCACGACCUAGACAUCCGGAACGUGGACUAUCCUGGAAAUCUGGGUGCACUUGUCAACGGAAAGAUGAAGACCACGAAAGAGCGCCACAUGUGGACGUGUCCAUUCCACCCCCCCAUCCAGCUCUACUUUAUCAUCAGGAACACGGAGCGCUCACCAGACUUUGGAAUAUCUCGCAUCAAAAUCUGGAACUACAACAGAAGCCUCAAUGAUCUUGACAUUGGUGCACGCCAUAUAAAGCUGUACCUUAACAGCACAUUGGUGUUUGAAGGUGAGCUGGAGAAGGGCUGCGGCAACCAGGUCUUUGACUACAGCACCGCAAUCGACCUCCAGGAAUUCCAGGGUUCAGACUCCUUGUUUUCCAGCCCUGUGUCGUCAGGACACAAUCUACGGGGUGCCAGUCCCCAGCGCCAUGAGGAGAGGAAGUGUGGGGAGGGAAUCAACACCCAGCACCUCCACAGUAGGAAUCCGCAGCCAUCAGACGCAGGCCAGGCUAUGAUAGACAUGCAGGAGAAACCACAUACACUGCUGCCACCCAUCAGUCCUGCGGGGGUUUCAUCCUCUGGCCGUCGCUCCUCCACACAAAGAAACUCUUUUGACCUGUCUGCCUCUGAAGAGCCUCUCUCUCUGAGGCAGCAGGUGGAGUCGCCUGCACCCACAGAGCAGACGGUCACCACCCAGCCGUCCUCUUCUCGGGUGGCCCCCCAGUGGCUGCAGCCCCUGAACAGAGGAGCCCCGGAGGGCUGUGAGGCCAGCAGGGAGAGGCCCAGGUGGCUGGUGCCUCAGCACUCUGCCGAGCCCAAGUCUCCGUCAGCCUCAUCGUCUUCGAUGCUCCCAGAGCUGCCGUGUAACCCGGGCCGAGUGUGUCGGGGGAUGGAGAGGACGGUGAACGGGGGUCAGCGGAAGGCUGACUCUCUGGACAUGAGCUGCGACCUGCUGGAAGAUCUCGCAGAGCAAACGUCAGACAGGCCCAUCAGCGGACGCAGGAGCUCGUUUCGAAACACGGCAGUCUCUUCCAGGCAGUUAGAGGAGCAGCACCUCAGAGCUACUGCCAUGUCAAGCACAGAGGAGCCAAUGUCCCUGGUGAACGCGGGCAGGAGGCAGUGCAGUGCUCUGGCCCCUCUGCACAGCCAACAGGAUGACAACCUCAUGGAGUCCUGGGACUCUCUCACCAAGUUCAACCAAUGCCAACGCGGACGCAUCUCCAACAUGGGCUUUGAAGGUGACAUCUUUGAUGAGUUCCUCCAGCGCCAGGGCCGUGGUCCAACCACAGUCGCAGUCACCCCCUCCACAGCCCCCAGGAGCCCACAUUCCUCCUUCACCACUCAGGGGGCACUGUGUGAAGGCCCUGAUGAUGAUCCAUCCAUGGAGCGGGAGGACGAGUUUGAGAUCCCUGUGCUGCCGCAGGGCCAGAGGCUGGUCAUCAACAUCCUGUCCACCUGGGGCGAUCGCCACUACGUGGGCCUUAACGGCCUCGAGGUGUUCAGUUCCAGCGGAGAGCCGCUACGACCUGCUCAUAUCCGUGCCGAUCCUCCAGACAUUAACAUUCUCCCUGCGUACGGCAAAGAUCCGCGUGUCGUCACUAACUUGAUUGAUGGCGUUAAUCGUACGCAGGAUGACAUGCAUCUUUGGCUCGCACCAUUCACCCCUGGGCGUAGUCACACCAUAUUCCUGGACUUCGGAGCUCCUUACCAGGUGGCCAUGAUCCGUGUGUGGAACUACAAUAAGUCACGCAUUCACUCCUUCCGAGGGCUGAAGGAGGUGGAAAUGCUGCUGGAUGGAAGGUGCAUCUUCAGGGGUGAGAUCGCCAAGGCCUCAGGGACCCUGUCUGGAGAGUUGGACCAAUUUGGUGACACUAUCCUGUUCACCACUGAUGAUGAGAUCCUGGAGGCUAUGUCUCGUUAUGAUGAAACCUUCCUCAGUGAGGGUGAGGGUCCUGAGGGCCUGGUGGCUGAGGAGGAGCUGCAGAGACCACGCACCGCUGAUGGAGAGGGAGAAGAAAGACCCUUCACACAGGCUGGCUUCAGAGAGGAAGAUCUCAAAUUGAAACUCCAUCUCAACCCAACUGUGAGCCAGUCUGAGGAGAACAUGGAGCAUAUUCCUGGGAUGUACACUGGAAAAUGCCUUAGACUAGAGCUGGUGUUGACUUGGGGGGACUCCCACUACAUGGGCCUGACAGGAUUGGAGGUGGUGGGGAAGAAUGGAGAGAGUUUACCUUUAGACCUCAGCAUGAUGGCUGCUUCACCCAGGGACCUCAACGACCUGCCUGAAUACCAAUACGACCUGCGCACGCUCGAUAAGCUUAUAAAUGGCCACAACAUCACCACUGAUGACCAGCACAUGUGGCUGAUCCCUUUCUCCUAUGGAGAGCCUCACACCUUGAACGUGACGUUCAACAAGGCCCAGACCAUCGCUGGACUCCGUGUCUGGAACUACAACAAGUCCCCUGAGGACUCGUACAGAGGGGUGAAGGUGAUCCAUGUGUUCAUGGAUGAUGUAGCCAUCUCCCCAUCAGAGGGUUUCCUGAUCAGGAAAGGACCAGGCAACUGUCACUUUGACUUUGCCCAGGAGAUCCUCUUCGUGGACUUCCUCCAGACGCCCACUGACAACAAGAGUGCAGAGGACUACCACAAAGGAAGCUCUAGGAAACAAGAACAGGCCAGCAUGGACUAUGAAGCUCCCAUCAUGCCUUGUGGGUUCAUCUUUCAGCUGCAGCUGUUAACAACCUGGGGUGACCCGUAUUACAUCGGCCUCAACGGCCUUGAAUUUUAUGACCAGCACCAUGAGAAGAUCAGUCUCAGUGACAACAACAUCGCUGCUUUUCCAGACAGUGUGAAUGUACUGGACAAUGUGAGCGGUGAUGUGAGGACUCCAGAUAAAUUAAUAGAUGGACUCAACAGCACCCACGAUGGAGGACAUAUGUGGUUAGCCCCAGUGCUCCCUGGACUGGUGAACCGUGUGUACGUCAUCUUCGAUCAGCCAGUGACCGUGUCCAUGAUCAAAUUGUGGAACUAUUCAAAGACGCCACAAAGGGGAGUUAAGGAGUUUGGGCUGCUGGUGGACGACCUCCUGGUGUAUAACGGCAUCUUAGACAGCGUGAGCCAUGUGGCACGAGGCAUUCUGCCCACCUGUGACCCAGUGGUGCCCUACCACACCAUCCUGUUCACGGACAAUGCCUACAUCACACACCGCGAGAGGAACACAGUCAUCAGUAAUUAUGUGGAGGACCAGGAUGUGAAGAUGACCAAUGAGAAUCAGAUAGUCCAUCACAACAAGAAGAAGCAGACAGCAGAUCCAGCUCUUCGGCCUAAAACCUGCAUGACUGACGGUGGGAAACAUGGAAAGAGGAGGUACUGACAAACAGAGGAUGAUAGAUGAACAGACGGAUGUGGAUCCACUGCUCGUACACUUAAGGGGAGGAACUUUGGCUGAUACUUUUUUUUAAGCUCACUUUUUGAGGGGUACAUUAAAACCCAAUACAGCCAUGGUUUGUCAGCUCACUGAAGAGAAUUGCACAGGUAACAGUGGGUUUGUGCGUACACACACACACACACACACACACACACACACAGGAUUCCACUUUAUGGUUGGACCACACACCUUUCCCCGCCCUAACAAGUCAUCCUAAACACGUACUGUACGGUCGUCCCUCCCACAGUGCCAGGAUAAACCUGUGAGGCUGCAUUUUUAUCAGCCCUAUUAUUGUGCCUAGUAAACACUAUAUCUGUGGCUGCUACUUGUGACUUUUGUGCUGCAUAUUUAAAUGCUGCUUGUGGCGUGUAAAUACUUAUUAGAAAAGAGAAAAGCUCCAAAGCCACAUAAUACACUCUCACACCAGGAUGUGGCCAGUUAUUAAUGAAUUCUAUCCACUGAUGAGCCUAGACGAUCAGCUCUUUGCCUAACGAGAACUGACUAACACUCCCGCCAGUACACCAACCAACCGUAAUGCUAUGCAGACACUAAUUUAUAUCUAUUAGUGAUUUAUAUCUGUUGCUAAUAUAUUUCUAAUGGUUUUACUUGGGGAAGUGCUUCCAAAGAGCUUUUCACCUUUGAGAGAUUUCUACGGAAGGCUAAAGUGGUUACACUUGCAGUUAAAAAAAAGUACAGUUUUUGUACAACUUGAAGCUGUACAAAGCUUCAGACUCCACAUUUGAAUCUUCGAUAUAUAUUUGGCUUCAAAAAAAUUUAGGUCAGUUUAUUUUUUCUGCUUAGCAUCAGGUAGAAAAAAACCCAACUUGUUUGCAAUCCAAGUGACCUUCAUCGAAGUUGCUAUAUAGGGUAGAUAUCAUGGAGGCAAACAUUUCUAGAGUCAGUGACGCAGUUUUAGUAAUUUGGUUGGAAAUAGAAAAAAAAUAGCCAGUUUAGAUUUUGAGUAGAUUCAGUAAAAGGCAACUUCUAAUAUGCAAAUACUAUAACUUUACCUCAAAUUGAGAAGAAUGAUAUUUAAAAAGGGAUUUAUCUGAUUCUACCUUCACUAUAAUACUUAGUAGUUGGUGUUGUGCUAUUCAUUCAUUCAAUAUUUACUGUACUAACUUGUUGCAUGGGAAAUUAGCUGUUACCAUCUUAGACACUUUUGUUUGGAGGAGUUUUUACUGCUUCAUUGAGCCCCAGUAUAAACUGUUUCAUACUCCUUACUCACAGGGGGAGUAAUUGUAAAUGAAAUGCAGUUUUAUGUAUUUAAUUUCAGCGUGUCCAACAGCAACAAUGGUCAUUACUCUGUAUCUCAGUCCUGCUCUGUAGGGUGGUGGCUAUUAUUGUAUGUGUGACAUUUAGUGUUUUGAAAUAUUUAAUUAUUUUUCUAAUCUUGAUUAAAUAUGUAUAUUUGAUGUAGGUUUAUUUGAAAUGAAUAAAAUGUUUAAAAUAUACAUAUAUAUAUACAUCUUUCAUCGG